GAAGGCACGAUGAACCCAUAUCCUAGGCGUUCAGAUGUAAAUCUGACACAACAACCCAAAUACACUCCACCAUCCUAUCGGACAAGUAUGGGGGAUUCACCUCGCGCCAACCGUCAUCAUCGUAAACGCCGGUCACCAAGACACAAGUCAUGGUAUCAAGAGGGCGCGCCCAUAAGUGUCCACAUUGGCAACAGACGCUCGCCAAACUAUCACAGCUCCAUCCAAGUCACCAGCGCAGAUGGCAGUAGAUUUGCCGCGCUUGUUCAUGAAACUCUGCGGAUGAAUCCACAAGAUCCUUUACUGAUGCAACCAUGGCUCGGACAAGUCAUUGAGACCUGCAUCGAUGAUCGCUACGACGAACUCACCGAUCUCAAUAGAGCACUGCAGUUUGACGACACCGUCAAGUUUCCUGAACGAAGCAACAAGAGAUCCACUCAGAUACCUUGGUCCUUUCUCGUCGAUCAAAUGAACGUGCCAGACGUAUACUGGUGGACUUUUGGCAAGGAACCUCCUGCAGGCCACUCAAAAGGCAUUGACGAGAUCGAUGAAUAUCGCUUCCGUGUCGCUGCUUGGUGCUGCGGACGUCGCGCCUGCCGGUUCGAUCGAGAAGUUCCCGUCACUCUCGUCUUUACUCAAUCCAAUAUUCCUGCCGAGAAUGUCAUGCACGACCUCUUCUUUCCAUACUUCUAUGAAGAUGAGGAAUACGACAUGCCACGUAGGGACGAAGAGACUGUCUGCUGGACCUUUCUUAGGCUGUAUUGGCUUUUGAGCGACUGGCAGAACAUCAUCCGAGAGAUUGAAAGAGAGCUGGAAGAGGCCUACCCUGUGAAAUUGAGGUCGCGCAAGAUGCACAAAAACAUCGACCGUAUCUACGAACUUAGCGAAUACAUGCGCUUCCAUUCGAGAUCGUUCAANAAGCUGCUCAAGCUGAAGGACACGAUGCACAAGUCUCCAGAUGAUGGCAUGGACCCAGUUUGGGACGAGAUGGAUGAUGCUGUCGAAGACCUGGACCAAUACUCCUAUUACAUGGAUACUCUUAAGGAACGCUUCCUCAAUCUGAUUGAACUCGUUAGUAUUCUCUACAUGGCACAACUGAGGAGCAAAACUUACAUGACUUGCAGNGAGUUUAACAUCGAAAAUGCUAACCAGUCCGACUACUCACGCUUCUUGUCCAUCAUUGCGGCGCUCUAUCUUCCGAUCUCAUACCUGACUAGCGUGUUUGGUAUCAGUACCAUGAAGGCACCAGCAAUUCUGUGCUUGUACAUUUCCAUCCCACUCUUGAUCAUCAGUCUCUUCUUCACCAUCUUCUUUCCAUGGGCUAUUCGACGCUUCCAAAAGUCGUGGUAUCCAGUUGACGAGUACAAUGUCAAGUUACCCAAAAACAGCUUUACCAUGUUGAGUGAAGAAUUGCCGGCCGUAAGAAUUGUCCUGUACUUGUUUUUCGACGAGUUCGCUAACACUUCAGCUAUANNGAGCGCAGACGUGCCUCGGGUCAUUGCCAUUCAAGAUCCAAGUUUGCCUCGACAGCAUGCAGCUCGCCAGGACCAUCACAAGCGCAACAAGAGCAAGCCUCGUUCCCGAUCGAGAAUCAGGUCAUUGAGUGCUCGGGGAAGACGACGUCUCGGAGUUGACGACAAGGUGUAA